CAGUGCCAUUUUCAUUCAGUUGUUUCCUCGUUUCCGAUGUGUCUGAAAUGGGAACCCAAAUCAUGAACAAAGUAUCAACAACGGCUUCGGUUCCUCUCGUUCACAAUUUCGAAAGGAAGAAAUCUCCAUUUCCUCCAAGUUAUGAUGUGACCAUCCUACAGAAUGCAGCUGGUCCAGCUGGCCGAAUCAAUUGGAGUGCACUGAAAACGGUUCAAUCGGCUCUCAAGUUUGGACAACUGAUAGCAUCCAUCUUAACGCUGGUGUUCAUACGUCCACGUUUAUCCUACUAUUCGGAACGGUUCUUCUGGCCUGAAUUACCUUACUUCAUAGUCGCCUUCACUGCAGCUAUAGGAGCAGUGGUUUUGCUGUUCGACGCGAUUCUGGUUGCUCAACCUCAUCGUCGAGCUUUUUUCCCGGAGGAGUGGUUCCGGGUGAAUCUUUGGUACACUGGAUUGACGACGGUAACAUACUACACUAUGGCCUUCUCGGUAUUGGUCAUGGCGUUGUGGGACUUCCGCAGUAGCUCGUUCAAUAUAUGGGCGGCUGCAUUUGGCUUUGUGGCUGCGGCGCUGUACGUCGCUGAUUGGUGGAUGCAUUUCUGCAAAAGACGCGACUUCGGAGAUAAGCCGAAGGAGGAAGAUAGUGGAAAAACCGAUCCAGUUAAUUUGAUAAAAUGAAUCUAAGAAUAAUGUGCACAGCGCAGUUUAUCAAAUCUGUUCAAUAUCGCCAUUAAAUGAGCAAUAGAAAAUAAUAAAAAAUGUAA